AUGGGUGGGGGAGAGCCGGGGUUGGGAUCUGCGGAGGUGGUGCAGCAGCCUGAGCAGGCCGAUGCGGGCUCACCUGCGGCAGGCCGGCUGGGCCUUGAGCCGCUGCCUUAUGUGGUUGGCGAGGAUGGAGCCAAGCAGCCGGUGCCAGGCGCGCUGUCUAUCUUCCUUCGCAGCGGCACUGCGGCCGCCAUGUGCCUGGAUUCGCUGGCGGCCGCGCAGCCCGGCGCGCCGCCCUUCCUGAGGAUCCCCAAGGAGAAGCUUCUGGCCGACAUCCAGCUGCAGGGCGCCAUAUCGGACUUCCACCCCAUCAAGGACGCCAUCAGGGCGGCGGACUGCGACGCUCUCGCAGUGCGGCCAAACCUCGACGACGCAUACGGGGACGGCAACAAUUACGAGGUCGCAUGCAGCCGUGCCGCGGCCGAAGCCUGGCAGGCGGUGGAGGAGUGGAGGCGCGCGGCCGCCGCCGAGGCGGAGGCGGCCGCGUCCGCGGCGGCGGCCCAGGCGGCGCUGCCGAAGAGCAAGCGGCGGCGGGCGCCGCAGCCGUGGGUCGACCAGGGGACGGAGGCAGAGAUGGAGGCGGUCGCCGGGCCGCCGCCCCGGCCGCCGGCGCUUCUGGUGCUGGAGCGGCCCCUGCGCGAUCUGGUGGCGAGCCGGCAGCGCCACCAGCGGGCACAGCAGCAGCAGCAGCAGCCUCCGCAGGAUCAAGGCAAGCCGGCAUCGACUCAACCGCAGCAGCAGCAGCAGCAGCAGCAGCAGCAGCAGCAGCAGCGGGCGCCCCGGCUGGUGGAUGUGGACGCGUCUGACUUGUGGAGCAGCGCGCAGAGCGAGUGCCGGCCGUUCAAGGACCCAAACUACGACACGCGGCGCGCGCGGCGCGAGGCGGGGGCCCAGGCGGUGCCGCGGCUGGCGGAGAAGGGCGUGCAGGUCUGA